GAAACGAUUGGUUCACUGGAAAUUCGAAGCUCUUUAGAAACAAAUAUAUUGAAAUACCGAACUGAAUCAGACGUCCACAAUUUUCAGUUGGCAUCAACUUUCCAGAGUGCUUGAACGUAUUAUUCCAGUGUAUGAAAGAUGACGCCAAAGAAGUAUUCAAUUUUUCUCAUCUGCUUUAUUCUUCCAUCGACCUUUGCUUCAAUUGACAUUGUACUGUUUAACACAACUGUGCAAUUUUCGAAAGAUAAUUCGUGUUUCUCGGCUGAUGAUAAUAGGGAUUGUAAAUGCGACAAACUCUGUAUAAAACAUCAAGAUUGCUGUCUCGAUUAUGAAAUAUGGCGAGCGUCAAUCUCCAACUCAUCAUUUGAUGGCAAAAUAAAUAAUUCCGUUAUUUUAAAUUGGAAGGCAUUUCUUGAAGACUCCAAUUCACUAAUAAAAUCGCCGUUGAAUGUAGAUUUAUUCCAACACACUCUACACGAAAUUGAAAAUCUGAUUAUGGGUAGGAAGGAGAAUCUUGUAGAAUUCACGUGCACCUUUAGUGUGGUGGAUUGUGGGACCAAUUCUUGUGAUGAAUUUAAUAUAUUGACAGUUAGUAAUUGCAACGAACAGUUUCAGGGAUCCAAACACUGUGAAGCUGGAAACAUUGAGCUCGUUUACGAUAAGAGUACAGAACUUGUUUUUCGCAACUACCAGUGUGCAUUGUGUAAUUCCGUUGACCCAGAACAUAUAACAUCAUUCGGAAAAAUGUUAAUUUUUGACGAUUAUAAUUUGACUGAAGAUGAUCUUGCAGAUAAUCCCAGUUUAAUAAACCAUAGCCAUAAAUCGUACCGAGUUUUACCACAAGACUUUAAGACAUACAGCCGGUGUCAACCAAAAAUAUACUGGUGUGAGGUGUAUGUUAGCGACUUGAUAAGUAAGGCAUGUUUAGCUUAUCAAAGUGGUAUUAAUUGCUUUUCUAACCCACAUUGUGAACAAUGUUCUGAAAUGUACUACGAAUUGCAGACAGAGAGUACUCAACAGAACUGUCGUUUUGUUCUGGGUAGAACAUUAACUAAACCAACUUUCGCGAUCUUCAUCGAUAGUUCUGGAGGACUGACAUAUGUACACAAGGAACCAACUACCCUGGAAGAUAAAACUGAGACGGAGUUAGAUAGGCCUACUAAUGGUGUUGUGUCGCCGUUAUUUAAUUUAUCGGUAGGUGAAAAUGCCACAAAACAAAACGUCUUGGUUAUCGAACAAAACGAGGGUGUUACAGCUAUAUACCAUAGAAUUUCAUUCGCUGUAACGUUGACAGGAACCAUUUUGUCAAUCAUCAGUAUCGUAAUAGCUCUUUUGACAUUCUAUAUUUUUCCGUCGAUGCGGAAUACGUCAGGCUGGAUAAAUAUUCUUCUGUUGAUUACAAUCUUGCUCAGGUGCAUUUUGUACCUUUUAUUGUUAAUUGACAAGGAGGUUCCACCUGCUUGUAGAGCAGUUGCCAUUGCUCAGCAUUUUAGCCUUCUUUGUACAUUUUGCUGGAUCAACUGCCUCGGUUUGAAUAUAUUCCUCUCUACGAAGCCUAAGCCUGUAUUUUCAAAAAAUGUACAAAAAAGGUUGUUCUGGUAUUAUUGCCUGUACUCGUUUUGUACUCCAGCACUGAUUGUUAGUUGCUGCGUAGCUGUAGAGUACUCAUCGAUAGAGGUCGCUACAAUAUACGAAUAUUCUGAUUGUUUUUUGACGAAUAAAGCGAUUAACCUGGCCUUUAUUGCACCGAUUUCUGUAAUGAUGCUAAUAAACGCAACAUUGUAUGCGAUCAUAAUAAGAAAUAUUAUAAAGAAGUCACAAGUGAAAAAAGAAGAAUCUGUUGUUGCAAAGAAUAAGAGAAAUAAGUUUGAAAUUAUUCUCAGCAUUAAGAUUUGUUGUGCAUUCGCCUUAUACUGGAUGUUUGGAAUCAUCGCAACACUUAUCGUGACAUUACGAGGGAAAACCACAACUGCCAGUUUGGUGUUAAACAUGAUAUUCGUGUUUACGGCUUCCAUGCAAGGCGUAUUUGUGUGUGUGGCCGUUGUUUUUAACAAAAGAGUUUUUAACUUGUGGAGGAAAAAAAUAAUCGGAACUGGACCAAAAACAAAACUACAAAAAGUGUGAAGCUGGGAAAUAUGAAUCGUAUAGAGCAGAAUUAAUGUGUCGCAAUACGGGCACCCUCGAUAAUGUUGUUAAUGUUGUUUUAUGAGUCACCGCGCAUGUUUCAACCGACAUUUGAAAAUAACAUACGUUAUGCCAAAAGUGAAGUAAAUUAUAAUAAUAUUAUUUUACAACCAACUACCAACCAAACAACCAACAAUGUUUCAACCGACUGACCGAACAACCAAACCAACCAACAUGGCAAUCAACCAACCAGCAACCAACCAACUAAUCAAUAAAUCAUUAUUCGAUAUUGGUUUAUCUAAAGCACAACUUGCUAUAACGUGCUAGAUGGACACGUAUUCUUGGGCCUGUAUUCAAGCCACAGGCAACGUGACCCAGACUAAAUUUCCACUAUAUUCUCUGGACACGAUGAAUACAAUCAUGGACAGUAUAUCAUGGCGAUACAUUUUAAGGGUUCCUUUAAAAAUUAUUAUUAAAGGUGUUUUGUUGUACUGGUAUAACGUUAGAAUGACUUUCCAUACUAAAUAUAAUUGCUCUAUUAUAUAGUAUAUAAAUAGAAUUUUAUAACAUUGGUUGGAUCUUGGUUGGAUGUAUUGUUCUUUUAAAUGAGGUUAUAAUAUGCUACGCAUUUGUAUUAGUAGACUAAAUAUAUUGGUGUUUCAUUGACGCUGUAAUAGUUGUACAGUAUAAUGUACCGUAUGUAUAAAAAAAUGUAUAUCGUAUAAUAGAAUGAAAUGAGAAAUAAGCUACCGUACGAAGUACUUGGUGAUGCGGCAGAGUUCUAAUGGAAACCAUUAUUUAUGAUUGGGAUCUAAAUAAACAAGUAUAUAGGCCUACUAUAAGCAAGUAAAUAAGCAAAGUCAGAUCGGGUUCACUUAACGAAAACAAACCAGAGGGCGCUAAACAGUUUUGGCGCACUGUUGAUAAUUUUGUUACAAAUACAGUAGUACAUAUUGCACCAGAGUACGGUUCUUUAAAAAAAAAACCCGGAAAAUCGAAUAUCCAGUCGCUAAAUUAUAAACGCUAUACCAGUUCCUCUACCAAUUUACAAAUUAUUUGAAGCCAGUUCAUAUCUCCAGAUCUUUAAAACAUUUCAUUGGUAAUAAUUGUGCCGCAUCUCUCCUUAAACUUAAAAAAAAGACAACACCAAUGUGCCCUAAGUUUCAACUCACGAGACUCAGUAACAGCACAAUGCCUGUAUGAACCAGUAAUUAGAUAUAUGGAAGUCAUUUAUUGACAUGACCAAAAAAAAAAAAAAAA